CAGCAAAGCAUUUGUAUUCUUCCUAGUUAUCUCUGAAGAAUGACAAAGAAGCUGUGCGCAACAUGUGCUAAGAAGAGGCCAGUUGUUAAUUUCGAACAUGCUUCGAAAUUUAUUUCCAAAGUGAAUGUUCGAUUUCGACGUGCUCGUCAUCGCCAUAUAUAUACAAAGUUUUUAGAGACACUGAUAAUGUAUCUGGAUGGAGAAAACACUGUUGAUGGUGUUUGCAAAGAGGUUUAUUCACUUUUUGAAGGCCAUGAUGAUCUCAUUGAUGGGUUUAAUGAUUUUCUUCCAUAGUGUGGCUAGAUAUGUAUGAGCUAUUAUAGAAUAAUAAUGUGGCAAUUGUGGUAAUCUAAGACAACAAUUGUGGGAUGAUAUAUAUUAAAAAAAAUUAUAAUUUUAUAUUUACUUGAUAAUUUAUGUAUUAUAAUUUUAUAUUUACUUGAUAAUUUAUGUAU